AUGGACACAGACGUAAAAACACUGCGUGAAGCGAUAGCUUGCAUUGCAAAUUUAAUGCCGAAGGCCUGUUUGGAAGCUGCAAAAUGUGUUCCUUUCCCGACGGAAGACACUUGCUCAGACAUCCUGUGGAAAACUACAGUACAAUACUGCUUCCUGUUGACAGAAUUCGGCGACAAAGGGCUCGUGGAAACGCAGAACCAAUCGGCAGAAAGUGAAGAAGUGAUAAAUUUGCAUGAUCAAGCGUCCUAUCUGAAGACGAUUGAUCUCUUACGGCAAUUCACACUGCAUCUAUAUCUUCCACGAGAGCUACGCGGACUGUCGCAAUGCGACAGCCAACUGAUGGUGAUGGUGGAAGAAGAGGAACGCAUUCGCAGGCUUUCAUACUGCGUUGCCCAGUUUGAACGGAUAUUUGAAAAGAAAAUGCUGGCUCUACAUCCUCGGUUAGCAGACACCGUGAUCGAUUACAUUGCUGCACGCUACACUCUCUCGAAGGCAAGUUUGGCCGAAAAAUGGAAAGGUUUUGCCUUUCCCAAGGAUCUGAUCUUUCGCAGUCUGCUGGUGAUCAAAGGCGCUCCUGGUUUGUCCUUAGAACUUGCCAAGGUGCUACAUAUCGAUCUUUUGCAUCUCACAGGAGAACCGGGCGGAUUCUCUGCGCUCUGUAAAACGCUAUUUUCUGCGGGAAAAAGCGAUGAAAAUGCUCCAUCGUGGCACAAAAGCGAAAUAGUUGCAAAAAUUGUAAGCAGUAAAGGACACACGAAGCAAUUUUAUCGACAAGUAUUGAAUGAUUGCUUCGAGUUUUAUCACUGGGCUGUACAAACUGGCACUGAACAAGCGUUGGUAUACGCUGCAACUUGUAUAGAAUGUUUGAAACGAAUCUUCCAACUACCGGCGCCGUAUCGCGAGCUUCAUCUGCGCAUUGAAGAGCACUUCUUCCUGCGCUUUCAAGAGCUAGCUGCGCCAAAAGAACUUGUUGCGGGAUGCGUGCUUCAAGAACGGAACACAUUGGCGAACAACUUGUAUGUGUGUAGUAUGGCGUUUACGGGAUCUACGUUCACAUCAUUGCCAUCGUCCUUGCUGGUACCAUACGUGCAUCUCUUCCUAAGAUUGUACUCGCUGCUUCUAUCUACCUUCGACGAGCAGAAAUAUUUGCACAGUAUGAUCGUAUUUUGCUUAACCAAUCGAUCUAAAGAUGAAUUGAAGCGAAUUAUAUUGUCCCUUUUGCUUAACGUACGUGAUGUUGAAAUCGGUCGCCAUUUGCUCCAUCCCAGAAUUGUUGUCAAAUACACCGAUAACGAAACUAACUACAGCUUGCAAAUUGGGCCUUCCGUGAGCGACGAUAAUCCUGGCGGUGAUAAUCUCCUUCCAACCUUAAUUAAUCUGCUUAAGUCAUCCAAUCGGAACUUGCUACUGUACGAUGUCUUCCUUGUACUGCUGAGUGAGCUAAUGACCGGGUCAUGUAUAGUAAAAUCGUUCGAACCGAAGCAACUGUUGGAUGCUGUCGAGCGUGAUAAGUUGCUCUGCGAUCGGUUUCACCAAAAGUACAUUCUCAUCCAAUCGCUAAUGGAUCUUAUCAACCACAAACACUUCCAUGCACAACUGUACGAUAAUUCGGGAGAGGUUUUGAAUAUAUUAGCAGCGUCGUUUACGACAAUCAUCAACGAUUCCAAUGAAAUGAAGGAUACUGAUAGCAACUCCGAUGUUCUGGAGGUGGUGUUGUCCAUCUUUCAAGAAUUUUUUCAACGCAAUCGCAAUCGCCACGAGAUGGAAGGAGUUUUGAAGCUUCUUCAUCAUUAUCGCAAUUCGAAAAGUUGUAGCGAAGCGAUGAAAGUACAGAUUGAUCUGCUUUGUAACGGACUAUCAACCGAGCACGAUGGACUAUCCGAAUCAGCCUGCCAAAAUGCGCUUAGCCUUUGUUCAGAUCAGCAACCCUACUGUAAGGUGUACGGAACGACACUUCUGUUGAAGUUGCUAAAGGAACGAGACCCUGAAACGUACGCCCAGCUGCAUAAAAUCCUCAUACUUGCACUGGUAAACUUACGAGAUGAGGAAAGCUACGCAUUCCUGAACUCCGUUCGCUUGCUGGUGGCACUUUGCGAUGUCCUAGAGGCGGAAGUAAUCGAUGCGCUAGUGAAGGAAUAUCUGAACGAGAGUAACGAUACAGAUUAUCGACUUAAAGUGGGCGAAGCAACGGUAAAGACAGUGGAAACGUUGGGUCCAUUUGCGGUGCGCUAUCGCGAUACGCUGCUGAACUGUUUUCUAGCCGGCACGCGCCAUGCUGUGGAAGAGUUCCGCACAUCGAGCUUGUCGAAUUUGGGCAGCAUAUGCCAUAUUCUUUCCUACCAGGUACAUCACUUUUUCUACGAGCUUUUUACAUGCAUCAAAUCCAUCGUAGAUACGGAUAGUUAUCUUCCGGCAAGAAGGGCUGCAAUUCUGGUGCUUUCACAAUUAUUGGAGGGAUUUGACAGCUUGAUGGAUUUACAGGAGUAUCUUUUGCUGAUUUACCGAUUUUUGAAGCAUGUUAUCUCAACCGAUAACGACGACAUCACCAAGCUCCAGGCGGCUGUUGCUUUGGAUCAUUUAAAGGCAAAAACGAAGGUUUUCCUUCAGAUUGAUCCACAUAAGUUGGAAAAACGUAUGUUUGGAAGGGUUAUUUGAG